CAAAAGUUUAUUGUUAUAUCAUGAAGGAUGGCGAAUCCUAGUUUCAAUAUCUUUGAAAAUUUUAAUAAAUCCAAUCAAAGUCAGCCUCAUUUUCAGCGCCAUGAAAUCUUAACGAAGUUUGUACACAUUGAUGGCUGCUCCCUCGUGGAUUACAUGCCAAUCUCAAUGCGGUGCCAUUUCGUAAAGACGGAACCGGACUGUUUGAAAUUUCUCCGCUUCCUCAACUACAUGGAGUUCAUGUAUUGCUACGUGCAGCAGACUGGGUCAAGAAUUGUGGACUGGAUUUACCUGUCCGUGUUGUUGGUUUACAUGUUUUACCUGUUCCAGGUGUUGGGCCAACUCAUGGGGAAAUUCUUUUGUCCAGGGAUAAAUUAUAUUGCCAGGACAUUCCGGAUGAGUCAAAGUUUUGCUGGUGCUACAAUACUCGGAAUAGCAAAUGGAGUUGCUGGAUUGUUCCUGGCGUUUGCAGACCUCAGCGCGGACACCGUAGGGCUUUACACUGGGUCAAAUUCAUUCGCCCUUUUCUCGCAGACCAUUGUAGCUGGCAUUGUUCUCCUAAUUCGGCCGUUUCACGUGUACAGACCACUCCAUGUCAGGGAUACCGUGUUUUUGCUCACAUUAACGACUUAUAUUGAAUACAUUAUGAAUGAUCAGCUAGUGGACCUCUAUGAAAGCUUCCCUCUAUUUUUAUUCUACGCCGCUUUUCUAGUAACCGUGGGCAUUGACGCUGUUUUGAUAAGGAAACUCUCGAAAGAUAUUAGAAGAAAACUCAAGCUCUUGGAGGAAGGUGUUGGGGAUGAGGAAUUACGAAUGCAAUUAGAAGAGCUACAAAACGAAGGUGUUAUGGAGAUACUGGUCAAAGAUUCAGGAUCCGUCCUUGAUAUAGAAAGAACUAGAUCUGCAUUUGAGGGAAGGAGUCCUAAUGAUAACUUAUUCAGACAGUUUUUGGAGUCAAUUAACCCAAUCGAUCGAGCCUCCUGGGAAACGUCAGGAUCCUGUUACAGAUUCAUGCAAGCAGUGGUGUCACCAUUUGUGUUGUUAUUCCUUCUACUAUGCCCCAGAGUUGACUAUAACCUGCCCAAUCAUGGAUGGUCGAAACUUUUAAACAUGUUCACCAUUUUGAGUGGACCCUUCUUCAUAAUAACUGUGAGCAGAAUGAUCACUUGGAAAUUCUUUGGAGUCAGUAUAUAUGUCUAUUGGCUUAUUCCCGCUAUUGUGGUUAUCGUCUUGGUGUACUUCUUUUCGAGAACUGACACACCCCCCGUAUACCACAUUGGAUUCGCAUGCUUCUCCGUUAUCGUAUCCUUAAUCCUGGUUCGAAUAGUCGCCUUAGAAGUGUUAUAUGUUAUAUACACUGUCGGCACAGCUUCUCAAAUGAGUCCAACCCUCAUUAACGUCACACUACAGGCAUGGGAAGGAGGCAUAGGGUCACUAAUAGCAAACGUGAUACUUGCAUAUCGGGGAUACCCAAGGAUGAGUUUCGCAGCAUGCUAUGGAGGUCCAUUAUUUAGUAUGCCGCUGGUGUUUGGAGUUCGUCUGUCAUAUAAAGCUAUCACCAGUCAAAAUAGAAUCGCGGUGGUUCACCAAGGUCCACUUGGCAUCACCAUUUACUGUCACCUUUUCACACUUCUGCUAUUCUCAAUGUUUGGUAUCCUAUUUGCCCGCGAUCAAGGUCGGAAGUCUAUAGGCGUCUAUCGGAUACUCAUUUAUCCAUGCUUUUUGCUGAUGGCUCUAUUGGAAGAGUUCGAAGUCAUACACGGUCAUAAUACCGAUCACACGGACCAACGAGUUCAAAUGGACUAA